UUUUUUAAUACCUUUUCCGGAGUCUCCUACUUGGUUUUUUUGUGUGUGUCCAGGAGUUUCGAAGCUGACUUGUUCGCACCAAGUUUCUUUUUUCUUUUUUGUAAUUGGGGAAGUUCUCUCUCUCUCUUUCUCUUUCUCUCUGUCUGUCUGUCUGUCUCUCUCGUCGUUUCAGGCCACUUUUAAUAGCUUUGAAUGAAAUACUCCAUUAAGUGGCUAGACAUAGGAGGAGCCCGUCGGUUGUUUAAGCAGGCAGAGAAGACCUCUUUAUUUCACGACUCCUAGGGAAAAAAUUUUUUUUUGAACAACUAAACUGUGAAUCGCACUUUUUUUUUUUUUUUUAAGAAAACCCCUAAAAUGUCAAGAUUUGUGCAAGAUCUUAGCAAAGCUAUGUCUCAAGAUGGCGCUUCCCAGUUCCAAGAAGUCAUUCGGCAAGAGCUCGAGUUGUCUGUGAAGAAGGAGCUAGAGAAGAUACUUAGUACAGCACCCUCGCAGGAGCUUGAGCACACUAAAAACGAUCUUGAUGGAUUUCGGAAGCUAUUUCAUAGAUUUUUGCAAGAGAAGGGGCCUUCUGUGGAUUGGGGGAAAAUCCAGAGACCUCCAGAGGAUUCGAUCCAACCCUAUGAAAAGAUAAAGGCCAAGGGCUUGCCCGAUAAUAUAUCUUCUGUGUUGAACAAGUUGGUAGUAGUAAAACUCAAUGGUGGUUUGGGAACCAGCAUGGGCUGCAAAGGCCCUAAAAGUCUGAUUGGUGUGAGGAAUGAGCAUACCUUUUUGGAUCUGACUGUUCAGCAAAUUGAGCAUUUGAACAAGACCUAUAAUACAGAUGUUCCUCUUGUUUUAAUGAACUCUUUUAACACGGAUGAAGAUACAAAAAAAAUACUACAGAAGUACAAUCACUGUCGUGUGAAAAUCUACACUUUCAAUCAAAGCAGGUACCCGAGGAUUAACAAAGAGUCUUUACUUCCUGUAGCAAAGGAUGUGUCUUAUUCCGGGGAAAAUGCAGACGCUUGGUACCCUCCAGGUCACGGCGAUAUCUAUGCAAGCUUCUACAACUCGGGGCUGCUCAACACCUUUAUAGGAGAGGGCAAAGAGUACAUUUUUGUGUCUAACAUAGAUAAUCUGGGUGCCACAGUGGACCUUUAUAUCCUUAACCAUCUAAUGAACCCACCCAAUGGGAAACGCUGUGAAUUUGUCAUGGAAGUCACAAAUAAAACACGUGCAGAUGUCAAGGGUGGGACUCUAACUCAGUAUGAAGGCAAACUGAGACUGGUGGAAAUCGCUCAAGUGCCAAAAGCACAUGUUGAUGAGUUCAAGUCUGUAUCAAAAUUUAAAAUUUUUAACACAAACAACCUAUGGAUUUCUCUUGCAGCAGUUAAAAGACUGCAGGAACAGAAUGCUAUUGACAUGGAAAUCAUUGUGAAUCCAAAGACUUUGGAUGGAGGCCUGAAUGUCAUUCAGUUAGAAACUGCAGUUGGAGCUGCAAUUAAAAGUUUUGAAAAUUCUUUAGGUAUUAAUGUCCCAAGGAGUCGUUUUCUGCCUGUCAAGACCACAUCAGAUCUCCUGCUUGUGAUGUCAAACCUCUACAGCCUUAAUGCAGGAUCUCUGACCAUGAGUGAAAAGCGGGAAUUCCCUACAGUGCCCUUGGUUAAAUUGGGUAGUUCUUUCACCAAGGUUCAAGAUUAUCUAAGAAGAUUUGAAAGUAUACCAGAUAUGCUUGAACUGGAUCACCUCACAGUUUCAGGAGAUGUGACAUUUGGCAAAAAUGUUUCAUUAAAGGGAACAGUUAUCAUCAUUGCAAAUCAUGGAGACAGAAUUGAUAUCCCACCUGGAGCAGUAUUAGAGAACAAGAUUGUAUCUGGAAAUCUUCGCAUUUUGGACCACUGAAAGAAAACUACUGUGUACACUUUAUACUAACUAUGAGCUAAAUAGCUUCUCACAACAAAAUGUCCUGUAGGAUUCUAAAAUAGGCAGGUACUUUACCAUGUUAUUGUACCCUGCAGUGUUGAUUUAAAAGUAGUUUUCUGCAGUAUGCUUUUGUCUAAGGAAAGCACAGCUACAACAAUACUCUCAUUUGAUGAGGAGAAAGAAGUGCAAUACUGUUGACCCUUCAAACCAAGUCAGCUCUGCUACAAGAUCUAUUAACAAGCCUCGAUGAAGGUCGUUCUAAAUGCUGUUGAUUUCAAAAAUAAAAGCAAAGAAACAAUGUAUGUAUACUUGUACUUUCAAGUGCUCACUUUCUGAAACAGCAAAAUAAAAGAGUUUACUCUUGCCUCCAACAUAAA